AUGGAAAGUGGAAAGAUGGAGAAAGUAACACAAACCCCGCAAACCAACCCCAAACGUGAAUUAUGGGACUGCGAAAGCUCUCUUUACGACUCUUUUGAACUCAAAUCUUUCAAACGACAACUUGAUUCUGCAAUAUCCUCCAGGACCAUGUCAAUGCCCCACCUCUCCUCCUCCUCCUCCUCCUCCUCCUCCCUCCGCCACCAAGUACCACCACCUUUCGACCACAAACCCACCUCCAAGAAACCCUUCAGACUCAGUCGCUCCCUCAACAAGCUCAUCCGAUCAGUUUUCCGGCCUAGACAUAACCACCAUACCUCAUCAAGAGAUGGAGCUUUUUACGUUUAUGAUACUUCUAGUGCUCUCCACACCAUACCAGAGGUGUCAGAGACCAUGCCAGAGUUUGAUCGGCUUUCACCCGACAUGAAGUUAUUGAUCACAAGAACAGGUUCUGAUCGGUUUAUGCCAACUUCUCUUGGUAUAUCAUGUGCUUGA